AUGAAGCGCAAGCUGUCGGAUUCCGGUCUGGAAAAUGACCACCCCGAGGUCUCGACCCCCAAGAGACCGCGGACGGCGCUGAGGCAGGCCAAUGGCGCGCUGAAGGGCCACGCGCCGAACCACUCCCCGCCGAGCGGCGAUGUCACCUACGAGCUCACCCAGGCACCGCAAGGCCAAUCGACACCGAAAAAGGCCCACGGAGUGGCUCCGACGCCACUGAAGGAAUCUGGGUUGAAGACGCCGACUCACAAAUCCAAGGCUCGAUCGCUAUUUGCUACGCCUACCAAGUCCAAGUCCGCGACCGCUGUGACGCCGUCUCGCAUCAAAAAUGCAGACCGAUCGGCAAAGAAGAAGAGUGCUCGGGUUCUCUUCGAGCAGGAUGAGGAUGGCGCCUGGGAUGGCUCGGAGCAGCUUGCGGAGGAAAUUCUCCAAGGAGAUGAGCCCGAGGCCGACAAGGCCGCCGAACCGGUGGUAGAAAGUGUCGAGGGCGAUGCGGAGAAGGCAUCAGGAAAAGAGGCCAAGGCUCCAAAGCGACGGGCUGGCCGACCAAAGGGUGCAAGGAACAAACGAUCACCAACACCGGAAGGUGAAUUACCAGCACAUGAGCGCUAUUUCUUCCAGAAUCGCGCUGGGACUUCAAAAACGUCUAAUACGACUCUAAAUAAGGUGUCGCUAUUGACGCAUGAGGAAUACUUCGAGAAGCUUGGCCAGUACGUGGACCCAUGCAAGGACGAGAAAGAGUAUUUGCUUUCCUUGCACCAUCGGUCAUUCCCACAGUGGUACUUUGAGUUCGAAGAAGGGUUUAAUAUCUGUCUGUUCGGGUAUGGCUCAAAACGCAAGCUCGUGCAGCAAUUUGCAGAUUGGCUCUACCACACUCGCUCUACGGCUGGAAGCGCUCCAUCUAUUGUUAUAGUCAACGGCUAUACUCCGGGUCUCACAAUCCGUUCGGUUUUUGCCAUGAUUGCGACAGCCAUUAUGGGGGAUGAUCUGCCCUCCAAGCUGGGUGCACAGCCAACGGAGGUGCUUGAGCUUCUACAAUCGGCGCUCAAGGCUCGACCUGCCUCGGAAGAGCCCAUCACCGUUCUGAUCAACUCCGUCGAUGCGCCCCCUCUGCGUCGGGCAGCUAACCAGGCUCUGCUCGCCCGGCUCGCCGCUACACCUCGCAUCCGCCUUCUUCUCACAGCUGACACGCCCAACUUUGCGACGAUGUGGGAUAUUAGUCUGCGUGACCAGUUGAAUCUUGUGUUCCACGAUAGCACUACCUUCACCCCCUUCACGGUGGAAACCAAUGUCGUAGAGGAAGUCCACACCCUCCUCGGCCGUAAAGGCCAGCGCGUUGGCGGCAAGGAAGGCGUGGGCUUCGUGCUUAAGAGUUUGCCGGAGAACGCACGGAACCUCUACCGCCUCUUGCUCACCGAGGUGAUUACUGUGAUGGACGACGGCCACCAGUCUGAUGACGACGGGGCUGCCGAAGGGGCAGGAAGAAGCGCCGAGGAGAAUGGCAUCGAGUUCCGGCUGCUCUACCAGAAGGCAACGGAGGAGUUCAUCGCAUCCUCGGAAAUGAUGUUCCGCACUCUGCUGAAAGAAUUCCAUGACCAUCAAAUGAUCACCUCGCGCAUGGACCCCAGCGGCAUGGAAAUCCUGGGCGUACCACUAUCUCGGGAUGAACUGGAGGGCGUGCUGGAGGAUUUGGUGCUCGGAUAA